AUGGCUCUGCUGCCCGCUGUGUCACAGCUGCAGGCCCUCGUCUUCACACGUGUGAACCAGAUCGAGGCUUUCAGCGGCACAGGAACGAUCCCUCGUGCCGCCUCGUGGACGCUAACGACACACGCUCCAAUACCGCUGCCUUGGCUCUCCAAUCAAUAUGGCAUCCAUUCGCGGUUUCCAGCCAUAUUUGCAGAGGACAGACAGUGCCGGCCAGAAUGCUUCGUCGACCUCGUCGACCUGGUUCUGAACGGUCAUGAUCAACAUCGAAGCUCUGGGGAAGAGAUUGAUCUGACUCUUUCUUCCCUGUGA